UCAGCUGUUGAUCCGGUCGAUGUUUGCUGCUCGUCGCGUAAAAUCGCUCGGACGCUACGCGCAUUGCAUCCCAUGGCUGGCUGGGAGACGCGGAAGGCGACAAUACAGGGCGGAGGUGGCAAAUCAGCUGUUCGCUGUGCGCAUUUUCGUACGUUUUCUACAUGAGAAAGGCUGUUAUGAAAUCGGAGCGACGCGAACGGUGCGCGAUCUGAUCGGAGUUCUAAGAGACGGACGACAGCGCGAGGUUGAAGAGACACGCGGUUACAAAGAGAUUCCGCGGACCGACGAUAUUUUUUACGCGCGUAAAAUUUUCGUUCAAAUCGGACUCGCUCAAAUGUGUCACGGUAUCGAUAUGAAAUCGGUCGUUUUUCCGCGUAAAUGUAACAAGAACCCUUUGUCUAUUUGAUUAAUAGAAUUGGGUCGAUCUUUUUCGUGUAAUUUUUUUUUUAUAAAUUUCUCGUUUAUUGCAAAGUCGCGCAGAGGAAAACUGAGGAAAACUCCAACCGAAAUAUUCCUGAUAUAGACAUGCUCGGCAGUUGAGAGGGAAAAUGGGACAAACACUUAGCGAGCCGAUAACGAAGAAGAAGUCCGCCUGUUGUCGGGACAGCAACUACAGAGUGGGCAGUUCAUGUAUGCAAGGAUGGCGUAUCAAGAUGGAAGAUUCGCAUGUGCACAUACUGUCCUUACCUACUGACCCGGGUACUGCAUUCUUCGCUGUUUAUGACGGACACGGAGGUGCCACCAUGUCGCAAUAUGCUGGCAAACAUCUUCACGAGUACAUAACCAGAAGAAGCGAGUACAAAGCGGGCGAUAUCGUGGAAGGUAUACAACAGGGUUUUCUGGAGUUGGACAAAGCUAUGCAGAACAAUGCCGCGCUUAGAGAUGAACACGCUGGCACCACUGUCAUCGCGCUUCUCAUCAAGAACAACAUUUUGUACAGCGCUAAUGCAGGUGACAGCAGAGCGGUAGCGUGUAUCAACGGCAGAACGGUGCCGCUCAGUCGGGAUCACAAGCCCACGUUGAAGGACGAACGCAAGCGAAUCGAAGCCGCGGGUGGUUACGUCGAGUACAAGAGAGUGAAUGGCAAUUUGGCGUUGUCACGCGCGCUCGGGGACUUUAUAUUCAAGCGGAACGAUCAGAAACCACCGCAGGAACAAAUUGUCACUGCUUUUCCCGAAGUGCAACAGUUUCCCAUCGACGAGGGAUGGGAGUUCGUUGUUCUGGCGUGCGACGGUAUCUGGGACGUGAUGACCAGUGAGGAAGUCGUAAAUUUUGUGAGAACACGUAUAGCUCAAAUAAACCUCGGUGCCAGAGACUCGCACCACGAGAUCGUCUCGAUACAUCCGGAAGAGAUCUGCGAGGAGCUUUUGAACUGUUGCCUGGCGCCGGACGCUCUCAUGGGCACCGGUUGCGACAACAUGACGAUGAUACUCGUGUGUUUUCUUCACGGCAAACCGUGUUCGCGACUAGUCAUGCGCUGCCAAGAACCUCCGUCGGACGUAGAUCAAUAAUGUUUUUAGUUUCUAGAGCAAAUUAGGUCAGAUUGAAUCUAAUUUAAUUCAAAUGUUGUAUAUUCUUUUCUCGUGUCGAUGUACCUUUGACUUUUUGAUAUAGAAAAUUUGUUGUGCAAUAUAUAUAUAUAUAUAUGGAGUCAUUAAGUAUGAAAUUUGACACACACAUGUAUAUACAUAU